GAAACGAUACCGCCUUCGUAGUGCCAGUGUAGUGCUAAUGUGAUUAUUGCUUGUAGAAGAGAGAAAUUUAUCCAUCUCGUCAGGAUUUUUCUGCUCUAAAUGUGUUGUUUAGUGUGCUUUAUGACUCGAUGCACUCCAAUCCAGUAGACGGCGGUAUCUACCUUUACUGUUGGCUUCCAGUCCGUCAAUAAGAACACGAAGAAGUCUGUUUGACGAUCACAUCAGUACCAAGCGGGAAGAAACGGGCUGGUAGUGAAGCGGUUAGAGCAGCAGUCUACUUUUCUGGUAUUAUUUAGCUAGCAAGCAGCUAGCGGGCUAGCUAAAUAAGGAGCAACUGAACAUGCCGCGGGAAAUUAUAACUCUACAGCUUGGACAGUGUGGAAAUCAAAUCGGUUUUGAGUUUUGGAAGCAGCUGUGUGCAGAACAUGGCAUCAGCCCAGAGGGAAUUGUUGAGGAGUUUGCAACUGAAGGCACUGAUAGAAAGGAUGUAUUCUUCUAUCAGGCAGACGAUGAGCACUACAUCCCCCGUGCAGUUCUCCUGGAUCUGGAGCCAAGGGUGAUCCACUCCAUCCUCAACUCUCCUUACGCUAACCUGUACAACCCAGAGAACAUUUACCUCUCUGAGCAUGGCGGUGGUGCUGGAAACAACUGGGCCAGUGGAUAUUCACAGGGCAAAAAAAUCCAAGAAGACAUCUUUGACAUCAUUGACCGCGAGGCAGAUGGUAGUGACAGUCUGGAGGGAUUUGUCCUGUGUCAUUCCAUUGCUGGGGGGACAGGAUCGGGACUGGGAUCUUAUCUGCUGGAGAAACUCAAUGACAGGUACCCGAAGAAGCUGGUUCAGACCUACUCUGUUUUCCCAAACCAGGAUGAGAUGAGUGACGUGGUUGUUCAGCCGUACAACUCGCUGCUCACGCUGAAGAGGCUCACCCAGAACGCAGACUGUGUGGUGGUGUUGGAUAACACGGCUCUAAAUCGCAUCGCCACAGACAGGCUGCAUAUCCAGAACCCCUCGUUCUCCCAGAUCAAUCAGCUGGUUUCCACCAUCAUGUCUGCAAGCACGACCACUCUCCGCUACCCGGGCUACAUGAACAACGACCUCAUAGGCCUGAUUGCAUCCCUCAUCCCCACACCACGCCUCCACUUCCUUAUGACUGGGUACACACCACUGACUACAGACCAGUCGGUUGCUAGUGUGAGGAAAACCACAGUACUGGAUGUGAUGCGGAGGCUUCUGCAACCCAAGAACGUGAUGGUGUCCACAGGAAGAGAGAGACAGCCGAGCCACUGCUACAUCGCCAUCCUUAACAUCAUCCAGGGAGAGGUUGACCCCACCCAGGUGCACAAAAGCCUCCAAAGGAUCCGGGAGCGUAAACUUGCCAGCUUCAUUCCCUGGGGUCCUGCUAGCAUCCAGGUGGCUUUGUCCAGGAAGUCGCCGUACCUGCCCUCGGCCCAUCGAGUCAGCGGCCUGAUGAUGGCCAACCACACGAGCAUCUCCUCUCUGUUUGAGCGGACGUGCCGGCAGUACGACAAACUGCGUAAGCGCGAAGCUUUCCUGGAGCAGUUCCGCAAAGAGGACAUAUUCAAGGACAACUUUGACGAGCUGGACAACUCCCGCGAAGUGGUCCAACAGCUGGUAGACGAGUACAGCGCAGCAACGCGGCCUGACUACAUUUCCUGGGGAACACAAGAACAGUGAACAGACUUUUAUGUCCUGUAUCUCAACCACAAACCAGUCAGCAUACAGGCGUAGCUCAUUUACUCUCACUCGGUUUAUGUUCCCUUUUCAGUUUUUUCCUACAUACAGGUGCCCCAGAGUAGACAGGUAUUUGGACAUAGCUACUUCUCUUAAAAAAAAAAUAUAUAUUUAUUGGCUUGUUUACAGCAUGUAGUAAUAUAGUGUGUUGGCGUUUCAAAACUGAAGAGAGACUGAGGGAUGAGUGUUAACACCCACUGUUGUUAUGUUAAACAAUAAAAUAAAAUUACAAGUGUUUUUUUUCUGGAUUCUAUCACAUCCCGGAGAUCGUCAAAUCCGUUUUCAAUAAAAGCCUUACUCGGUAGUUCAGUGAAGUGAAAGUUAAGUACUUCUUUCUUGCAAGUGUGCAGAAAACAUCGAUAUGUGUUGUACAAAACAAUCUAUAAUUGUUUAAUAGUUUUUUCCCUUUGUCCUUGGCCUUUGAUCUGUACUCAGCUUCCCCUCCUCGUAGCCUGUUUUUCAGCACUGUAACACAACCUGUUGGUCCCCCCCCCCCUUUCUGGUCUAUUUUUAUACAUGAGUACAGUACUUUUUGUGCAGUUGAUUUACAGUACAAACGUCCAUGAAAUGAUUGCCUUGAAUAGUGGGAGCAUUACUAACCGAAUGCUCGCUGGUUGCUGCAGGUUCUUGCGUCCUAGAUAUUUUUGGCAUGGUGCUUUUUACCGAUCUUGUCUGCUGCUGAUUCACACUGCUCAUUUGUUACCACUGUACACGACCAACAAGAAUGUCGAGUUGAAGUUGGGCUUAAGCCAAAAAUGUCAAAUGCUUGCCAUAUUCACCACAGUGACAUUGUAACAGCAUUAGAUACAGUUUGCACAAAUGAACAUGGCAUGCAAGGAUCUAUCUCAUUUUCACAUCUCUAUGCGUGUAAAUAUAUUUGAAAGAAUUCUGUACUGUCUAAAAUGAAAACUGUUUAAUGUCGCUUUGCUUGUUGGACCUGUUUAAAACGAAUAAACACAUUUCAGUUAUUUGCUAUUUGAAAUGUUUCUUGGCACACUUGGUAGGUUUUAUGUAAAGGUCAUUUUACUUCCCAUUAGUUAAAACCUAACCUACCGACAAAAUGAUAAAACAACAUUCCCCCCUCCCCUUUACCUAGAACUUCUGUGUCCUGGCGGCCAUUCAUCUAACUUGGAUAAGGCUCAUUACUACAGGGGAACAUAAAUGCACAUAGCAACGCUUGCUCAACCAGCUAUUGUUUUUAACCAGAAAAGCUUGGGGGGAGGUAAGGCCCUCAGCUCUGCUGCUGGCGCCAAACUUCAGACUUUCAUAAAAUGUGCCUGGUUGAAAACAAUAGUGUGACACUGCUUCACUACUCAUGACACAAGAAAGCACAUUUUCUGCUAAUGAAACAAAGGAAAUGAGCACCGCGACUAAACAAUACUACAGACUAAAUAUGGUAAAAUGGUGAUUUUUUUUUUAUUAAUUACAUACAGUAUUUAUAGUUUUUAUUGCACUUCCAAGUUAGUUAAAAACAAACAAUAGUGCAAAUGACUAUACGCACAUUACAUAAAAAGGUACCAUGCAGCAUACAAACAAGCUUAAUACAAAGCAACAAUAUCCGCAGUUUGAUUUUUUUUUUUUUUCUUUUCGUACAUGUAGCUCAGAGCUGCCUGCAGCUGCAGUAGAAAAAGCAAAGACCUGCUUCAGAACAGGAGUCAGGGCUGACUGUGCAACGACUCGUCAAGGCCUUUCAUGGUGAGAGGUUUUAAGUCUUGAGGCUGGUUAUAGCAAAGGGUCAUUUAGUAGACAGACAGUACUCUAAAAACUAUAUUUACAAGGCCUAUCUAUGGUCUCAGAUUCCUACAAGGUCGUCUAAUACAUCAACAAAAGGUGUACAAAGCAUACGACAGGAUGUCUUCAUAUUUUGUCUGACAUUCAAGUUUCAAGAAAAGAAAUAAGUAAAUGUGAGUCAAAUAUAAAUCAGGGGAUCUGUCUGCUUUGGGAUCAUUUCUUGUUAUAAAAGCUUUUUUUUCUUCUUCUUCUCCUUUUUUUCCUUUUUUUUUUUUUUUU